GCUACACUGACUUGACCGUGUCACCGUUUUGCGCUUGCGUGUGAUUCAGAGGUUGAGUUCUACCCUGACGUCGCAUUGGAUCGACCAACCUACGCAGCAUUGAACCGGCGGAGCUAUGGUGUAUGUGCCUGGUCUAGUGGCCAUAAUCAUCUUUUAUGUGCUCAUUCUUGGGGUUGGAUUCUGGGCAGCUAGAAGGUCCAAAAAGCUUUCUGCCGCAAGCACUGAAAGCGAAGAAGUGAUGCUCGCGGGUCGGAACAUUGGACUCAUCGUGGGCAUUUUUACCAUGACAGCGACCUGGGUCGGAGGUGGUUAUAUCAACGGAACCGCGGAGAACACGUUCAAGCUCGGUCAAGGCCUCGCAUGGUGCCAAGCCCCAAUCGGUUACGCGUUGAGCCUCAUCGUCGGUGGUAUGUUUUUUGCCAAUCGAAUGCGUUCGCUCUCCUUCGUGACAAUGCUGGACCCGCUGCAGAAUAAGUACGGUGAACGGAUGUGUGGAUUGUUGUUUAUACCCGCGUUACUGGGUGAACUGUUCUGGACUGCGGCAAUUCUAUCCGCUCUGGGUGCUACUUUGUCUGUCAUUGUGGACUUGAAUCAGGUAACAUCUGUCAUAGUAUCCGCGUGUAUUGCUCUGCUGUACACCGUAUUCGGAGGACUGUAUUCAGUCGCGUACACUGACGUUGUGCAACUGUUCUGCAUCUUCAUUGGAUUGUGGCUCACCAUUCCGUUCGCAAUGACGAAUGAGGCAACAACGCCAAUUGACCAAACUUGGGAUCGAUGGAAAGGUGCUGUGGAACCAAUAGACGCACUGAGCUACGCGGACAAUCUUUUAAUGUUAACGUUUGGAGGGAUUCCUUGGCAAGUUUACUUUCAGCGUGUCCUUUCGUGUAAAGGAGCCAGACAAGCACAGAUACUGAGCUACGUCGCAUCACUUGGAUGUUUUCUCAUGGCUAUUCCCUCCGUGUUGAUUGGAGCAGUGGGGGCAAGCACAGAUUGGAAUAUGACCACAUUCGAGGGAGCUGUGAAUUCGUCCAUUCCAUCGGAUCAAGCAAAACUUGUACUUCCGCUGGUGAUGCGCUAUUUGUGCCCAACCUGGGUCUCGUUUGUUGGCUUGGGUGCCGUCUCCGCCGCGGUUAUGUCAUCAGCCGAUUCGUCUGUCCUGUCUGCAGCCUCAAUGUUUGCAAGGAACGUGGUCAAGUCCGUGUUUUGGCAAACUGCGUCCGAGCAUCAGAUCAUUUGGGUGAUGAGAGUCAGCAUAUUCGCGGUGGGAGCGUUCGCCUGUCUCCUCGCCAUUUACAUCCAAUCGAUUUACGGCCUAUGGUACUUUUGCUCCGACUUGGUGUAUGUGAUAUUGUUUCCCCAAUUAAUCUGUGUGUUAUAUGUCCGCUUCUCAAAUACCUACGGCUCACUAAUAGGUUAUGUAGUAGGACUGUUUGUCCGACUCACAGCCGGAGAAGCAUUACUAGGCUUGCCAGCUCUGUUUGAGUAUCCAUACUUCUAUGACCAUCCUACCGAGUUUUACCAGCGCUUCCCGUGCAAAACAUUUGCAAUGAUUUGCAGUCUCACGUUUACUAUUUCGGUCUCCUUCGUCACUGACUUCUUCUUCCGUGCGGAUUCCAAACACCUGAAGUACGACAUCUUCCACUGUUACAAACAACGGCAAACCGAAACGGGGUCAAUGCGAAUUGGAAAUCGAUUCAACCGGAAGUCCAUCAGAAUACCCGCGAAUCCGAUAUGCGUUGAGGGCGCGUCAGACGUCGGAGAAGCGUCCGUCGAUGAGGAGGACAAGACAGCAACUGUUCGAGUAAUUGAUAGACUCGACGCAACCGGUUUAACUGGAUCGGAAAUUGAAGAUGAUGUGAGCACAGCCAGCGUGAACAAACUGACUAACCCAGCUGAGAAAAAGUACCACCAAGCGUAGGGAAUCUAGAGUUCGCCGGCGUACAUAGCGUGAGAACAGUUGCAAUCCUUUUGCGGGAGGGGGCAAAAAGCGCCCGGUCGGUUUUGUUGCAUUCUAUCAUACUUGGUAAACUUGAAUACACAUGUGCAAGCGCAGAAUUUUUAUAGAAAAUUGGUUGUGAGCACCACUUAGGUGUCGCAAAAUCAGCACUGUGAAUUGAACUGUUUCAGUUCAUAUCAACAAAGGUUGUGAGUUUUACAAUCAGCUGAAUUAUUUACUAUUCCACUAUAAUAUUGCUGUUCUAUUUUGUUCAUUUAUCCAAUUAUUUUCCAUACGCUUCGGUAAACCGAAAGUGUAGUAGCAAACCCGCAAGUACAAUUCGGAACAUAAUCGCUUUCCAUGAACGAACAUAGUUUUAUCCAUACACGCAAACUUGCCCAUGAUGAAAUACAAAUCUUACAACGUUA